GCAUGUCACGGACCAAUCAGCGAUCGCCAACGAAACACGACACGGGAGGUCACCAACACCGACAUAAGAAAAGAGAUCUUUCCGAAACUUUGGUUCGAGAAGACGACGAUUUAAUUCUUCAAUUUCUUCGACGACGAGGGGGAAAAUCAUGUACUGCCGGUUCCUGGUUUGGCUGUGUGCCCUUGUGGCGUUGGCGUUUGCCGGUGAAGCCGACGUUCUGGACUUAACCGAUAGCGACUUUGCCACCCGUGUUGCUGAAACGGAAACCACCCUUGUGAUGUUCUAUGCCCCAUGGUGUGGACACUGCAAAAAACUGAAACCCGAAUAUGCAAAGGCUGCUGAACUGCUGCGCGGUGACGAUCCUCCGAUCGCACUUGCCAAGGUCGACUGUACCGAGGGUGGUAAGGACACUUGUAACAAAUUCAGCGUCAGUGGCUAUCCCACGCUGAAAGUGUUCAAGAAUGGCGAAGUAUCGCAGGAGUACAAUGGUCCGCGAGAGGCAAACGGUAUUGCCAAGUACAUGAAAUCGAUUGUUGGCCCCGCAUCGAAGGAUCUGCUGACAGUGGAAGCAUUCGAAGCAUUCCUGAAGGUACAAGAGACGUCCGUAGUUGGUUUCUUCCAGAAGGAGUCGGAUCUGAAGGGCGUCUUCCUAAAGUACGCCGACAGCCAACGUGAACGACUACGCUUCGGUCAUAGCAGUGCACCAGCAGUUUUGGAGAAGCAAAGUGAAACGGAUGGCGUGUAUCUGUUCCGCGCCCGUCAAUUGGCGAACAAAUUUGAGCCGGAUUUUGUAAAGUUCGAAGGAACCACCAAGCAGGAGCUGGCUGACUUCGUGAAGGCCAACUAUCACGGAUUGGCUGGUGUGCGUUCGCGUGACACUACGACCGACUUCAAGAACCCGCUGGUUGUUGUGUACUAUGCAGUGGAUUACGUUAAGAAUCCGAAGGGCACAAACUACUGGCGCAACCGAGUGCUGAAGGUGGCGAAGGAGUUUGCGGGACGUGUUAACUUUGCCGUCAGCGCCAAGGAUGACUUCCAGCACGAGCUAAACGAGUACGGGUACGAUUACACCGGCGAUAAGCCCUUGGUGCUGGCCCGUGACGCGAAGAAUCAGAAGUUCAUCAUGAAGGACGAGUUCUCGGUAGACAACCUACAGGCUUUCGCGACCGAAUUGGAGGAAGGCUCUUUGGAACCGUACGUCAAAUCGGAACCGGUGCCUGAAAACAACGAUGGACCGGUCAAAGUAGCCGUGGCAAAGAACUUCGACGAAGUGGUCGUCAACAACGGUGUUGAUACGCUAGUUGAGUUCUACGCUCCGUGGUGUGGCCACUGCAAGAAGUUAGCCCCGACUCUAGAGGAGCUCGGCACGAAGCUGAAGGAUGAAGCCGUUUCGAUUGUGAAGAUGGAUGCCACCGCUAACGAUGUGCCGUCUCAUUUUGAAGUUCGUGGUUUCCCGACGCUGUACUGGUUGCCCAAAGAUGGCAAGACCAGCCCGGUUCGCUACGAAGGUGGCCGCGAGGUGGACGACUUCGUGAAGUACGUCGCCAAGCAUGCGUCGAGCGAGUUGAAGAGCUUCGACCGUGCCGGCAAUGCGAAGAAGACCGAACUGUAAUCUCUUUCACUUUUCCGUUCAGCCAUCGGCAGCCUUCGAAAGGUGGUUUUCUAAGUUUUACUAUUUUCCAACUCAAUAGUUUGGGAUGGUUACGCAUGUUCAGGCAUUCCAUAGGCUGCAGAUUUCAUUCGUUUUCUUCAGAUCUGUCCAACAUAGUUCAUUUUGUCACCUUUCUUUUUUGUACGUGCGCUAGCCACCGUUCAUUGUCGUAAGAUUAAGCAUGUAGGAUCGAAACACAACAAAAAUACAACCGCUCGGUGAUACAGAGAACAAAUAGAACGUCGUCCUCUCAGCCAACACUUAUCGAAUACUAUGACUUAGGGCGGUACGGUAUCAACAGAACGAACGAACAACAAUACACAUAGCAGUGAAGAGAUGCUGCUGUGUGACGCACGGGCCCCGAGGACGAACCGCAUUUAGGACUGAACAAAAAUCUGUUUUCUAGAUUUAAUUUUUCUCUGGCUUAUCAUAGCACUUCAGGGUACGAUCCGGACAAGGCAAAAGGUAUAAAUAGAAAAACACCACAGAUAAGCACUUCUCUCGGAAUGCAGCAAUCUCCCUUCCUGCAGUGCAUGUUUGGGAAAUGGAAGUUUGUUUAAUGUCGAAUAUUUGGAGAACAUGCUGUUUUUGUCCGGUUCAUUUGUUUCCAUUCUUAUUUCUCCUAUAUCAUUGCGUAUGUACUGCGAAAAAGCAUUUUUUUAAAUAAACAGAAAGGAACUAACAAUAUU